UUAUAACCAACAUCGAACAUCCUUUGUUCAGAACAAAAAACUUUCGCUCCAAAAAUUGAAAUGUGUAAUAUGUCAAAUGAUGUUGUGAAGUAACCAUUCAAUCCUGGACAGCAUUGUCCAGUCAGAGAGAAUGGACAGUGUAACAAAAGGAGUACGACCCAGUAAGCUUGAUGCCUGCAUAGAAAACAUCACAAGAACUCUGACACAAAAAAGUCAAGAAGAUGAACCACAUGAGCCAUCAAACCAAUCAAAUUUUUAUCAAACAGAACCAUACCAGGCCACAAGUGAAAGCGAUACUUCCUUGAAGAUGAAAAUACGGAAAGUUGGACCAUUCCAGACUCCUGAUGAAUUGAAGCCUUAUGAAUGCCCAGUUUGUCACAAGAAAAUAAGCAAUCAGGCAAACCUUCGAACACAUAUCAGAACACAUACGGGUGACAAGCCACAUCGCUGUGGCAUCUGUGGCAAAAGUUUCAGCAGAAAUGGCACGCUUCAGACCCAUCUAACAAUUCAUUCAGGCGUGAAAUUAUACAAAUGUGAAAUUUGCGGCAGAGCUAUUAGAGACAGAGGAAAUCUUUCGAAACAUAUGAAAAUACAUCUUACAAAUAUCGCUACAAAAAAGGAAAUUGAGGAAACAACUGAUUUUAGAAUGCGACUUCCUAAAAAAGAAAAUGGUUCCCUUCAUAAUUCACAAAGGGAUGUUCAUAUGAGGGAUCUUGACAGCAAUACUUCCCAAAUGGACAUUCUAAAGAAAGAAAUAUACGCACUAAAUAACUCACAAAUAGAAAACUUGAAAAAGGAAAUAGGGUCAGCAAUAAGAGAUUUACCGAUUGAACCUCCCAGACCAAAAUACCAAGCUAUUCAUGCUAUUGAUUACUCACAAUCUGGUAGAAGUGGCAGUCUGUCACCUGACAGAGGAGGAGAGACAAAGACAAAUGAAGCAUUAAAAUUAAACAUGUUUUCAAAACUCGAAAUGAAGAGAAAAGAAAGUUCAACCACUCAGAAACUGGGUCAUACUCCUGACAAUAAGGUCACCUACAAUUGUGGACUCUGUUCGGUGGCAUUCCCUAAUACAGAUUCAUAUUUUUCACACAUGAUGGCACACGCAAGGGAUCAAAGCUACAGCCAAAGGGGACCAGAAUUCUUAGAUGAUACAUUGCUACCGUGGAGGAAAAUGAAGAAACAGUUGAAACAGGACCCAGACCAAAAUGUAUUUAAUUCUGCUGAACAGGAGAUGUUAGCUGCUUAUGAUCGAGAAAUAAGAGCUUAUAGAGAGCAACAAAGGAGAGCUGAUGAAAAAUUGAACAGGCUUCACAUGGAACAACCAACAACCUCAGCGACGGAGGAUGAUGUCAUGGAUGAAGAGGAAAGUAUUAUGACCUCUGUCGUCGAGGAACAAAAGGUCAAGGAGAAAGACAAUUACAAAUGUGGCAUUUGUGGUGGUGAAUACAAGACCAAAGAUAGCUUUGAAGACCAUAUCACCAUUCACAAAGUGGAUAAGCCGUACCAAUGUACUUUAUGCCUGGAACAAUUCAAGGAGCUCCGGGACUUACAAAAACACACAAGAAGCCACCGAGGUUUGAAACCCUACUACUGUGAAAAGUGCGGAAAGGAGUUUAAUCAGGCCAUUUUACUUGUCGAACACCUGCAGCGACAUUCAGCAGAGGAUCAGCAACCUAGUGGCAGCAAUUUGAACGGCAAUUUCAGCGACAGUUCAUCCAAAUUACCUCAUCAACAACAACCUCAAGGGGAAAAUCAAGAAAUGUUUAUUGUAAUAGAGUGACAACUGACAAGAAGACUUGGACAUUUUCUAUUUGUUGUAUACAUUGUACAUUGUACAUGUAUUUCCAACAAAAUAUCAGUUUGAUUGCUAUAUUUUCCCUGUUAUGUCAUUGAUAUACUGUGUAUAUUUUCCUUAUUAGGUUAGUGCUAAUUACUGUUUUCUUCUUUUUUUGUUUCAGUUAGUGCAUUUUGUUUUGUUUGUUAUUUUAUUACAAUUUUUAUUACAUUUUUGUGAUGUUCAGGUUGUAUUUGUGGACCAAAUUAUAUAACCACACAUUUUGAUUUUGCAUAGAUCUGUACAAAUGAACAAUUUUCUUUUUCUUUUUAAUUAUAAAAAAAGACCUACAUUUGUUAAGCUGUUUAUGAUUUGUUGUAAUUUGUACAUGUUGUACAUAUAAUUAGAUUAAGAUCUACCAUGUACAUGAUGUACAAAUGUAUUUAACACAGCUUUUUGACAAAGCAGUUUUUAUCAGGACAUACAUUUUAAAGAUGAAAAAAAUCUAUAGAUAAAUAUACAUGUACAUUGUUUUAAAAAUAAAAUAAAAGUAAACCAAGUAUAUUAUCAUCUUUGGUAUUAUUUAUUAAAUUUUCUUAAAUGAAGAAAACAAAAAUUGCAAUUUUAAUAACAAAAAUUCAAGAUGAAUCUUUUCAUUUUUUUUUAGCUUAACGUGUUUAAAGUCUUUUUUCUCAAUUUUUUUUUUUUUGCUCUUAAAUCUUUAAACAAGCUAAAACUAAGCAAUUCUGUUGUUUUUUUCCCACUCCUAUAACAUGUUUAGGUCCUAUUUUGUAAUAAAACAUAUUUUAUAUAUUUAUUGUUGUACGUGCAGUUUUGUGAUUACCAUAUUAUCAUGUAACUUAACUUGUGCCAUAUAACCACACUUUAUUUUUACAAUUUAUGUAAUAUUUUAUUGAAUAUGAAUCUCAGGAAAGAAAUCUCAUUCACAAAUCACAAGGCAUCAUUUCUUUAAUUUUUUCCAAUACUAAUUGUUUAUCAAAACAUUUGUAAAAAGGGUACAUUCUUUUGUUAAUUUGAUUAUUUAUUUAUAAAAUGGGUAUUUGUUUUAAGUGCUGCUAUCCAACUGUUGUAAUCGUCCAAUCAAGAUCAUUAAAAUUAGCAUUUUGUUUAAUCCUGAAUUGAUUCGAAAAUUAUGUUUUGAUUCUAGUUACCUCCCCUUUUCAGGUAAGGCAGCACUUGUUAGUACUGUUCAUAUUCAAGGCAGGGAUACAGUAACAAGUAGAUAAUUACUACUUUACUUUAUCAGUAUUUUGUUCUAUAUUUUUCUUGAACCUAACCAAACAAUCAUGGUUUAUAUACCUCCAUAAUUCUUCAGAGAAUGAUCAGUGAUGUUGGACUACCACACACACAACAAGUUACCAAUUUUAUUGGGGGUAAUUUUGUACAAUAUUUUUUUUAGCACAUGUAAAUCCAUCAUUUUUAAAGGGUGGUUGCAGCAGGGGCAAAGUCAAAUAGGGGUCAAGCAUAAAAACCUAAAAAAUAUAGAUAAAAAAACAUUAAAAAAAACCAGGUAAUUGUUUAUCGUAAGUGUGGACUUCCUUCACCAACCUUCUGGAUUAUUACCUGUAUGUGACACUUUAUGGACACUUGUCUUUUCUUUUCAACUAGUGCUUAGUAUUUAAACUGCCUCUCUUUAAUUUUGAUAAUUUAUGAAAUUGAACAAUUAUUUAUUUAUUGUCUGGUUUUUCUUACUUGUAUUAUAAACAAUGAUGAAUUGGUGUAAGAAUCAGUAUUUGUCCAGAAUUUUUCAAGUACAAGAUAAAUACAUUUUCAGUGCUAUAUACUAUAAGGCUAGUCAAGUAUAUUUACCAUGUUUACAUGUGGUGAAUUUUAUAAUAAUAUACGAAAAUACUGUAAUCUCUAAACUUUUAAACCAGGUACAUCUAUAUGUAUAUGUGUAUGUAAAUAUAUAUAAUAAUGUAGCAUAUUAGAUUGCAGACAGUGCAUAAUUUGUAUGUUGAUAUUACAUGUUAAGGAUGCUCUCUACUGAAAAUUAAAAAAAUAUCUAAAAUUUUUCAUUUUUUAGAUCGAAAUUUUUUCUCAAUAUAUACCUUAUCAGUAUGUGUCCACCAUUAUAGAGGUUUUGGGAAUUUUAGAAAAAAUAGUAGACCAAAACACAUAUUAGGUAACAAUAAUUUGAAAAUAAUUUGUCAGAAGUGUAAUUUUUUAUCAUGUUUAUAAUUAUUGACAAAGUUAGAACUCACACAGUAUAUCUGGUAAAUUUGCAGGUAAAAUGCAGAAGAUAAUUUUUUCCCAAGAGUUUGGAUACAUUUUCAGGGCAUCCUUAACAAAUAUGUAUACUUUAUGUGAUUUAAAACUGUAUUGAUUUUUGAAAUGAUUAUGAUAUUUCAAGAAUUAUAUAAAUGAUUGUGUACUAUUUGUAUGUAUAUAAAUGAUUGUAUAUUAUAAAUAUUCAUUAUUAAUACUCUUCCAUUUAACAAUUGUUGUUUGACCUUCGUGCUUUUGCUAGAUAUAGGGUUUUGCUGUUUGCCAUGUUUUAUGCUGUGCCAUUGUAAAUGUUGUGUUUGAAAUGUUGUUACAUAUACAUUGUGCUAUACACUUUCUAUGCCAUUUAGAUCUGAUUUGUUUUCUCAUAUCAAUCGUGUACUUAAAAAAACAAUUUAUAUUUAUUGUGAAUAUUUUGAAUAUGACUUUUUUUCAUUGUUAUGAUGAUUUCUACACAAAGACAAGAUUUCAAUUGUUCCUAGGAAUUUUUUUCAUGAUAUUUACUUUCUUGGUUUAAUAUUUAAGCUUAAGAAUUUUUUGUCUUUCCACAAUUGGAGUUGUCAUUAAGUUGCAGAAAUUUCUAAAUAUGGUUCUGUUUCUCUGUUUGGAUUACUUUUUUUCUAUGCUAAAACUUGCAUAUAAUAUAGUUUUUGUUUCUAUAAAGCAGUAAAACUUGAAAAAAAUCUUGGGAAAAUUUAGAGUUGAUUGUCUACAGUAGGCAGACGAUACAGUUUAAAUUAAUCUGAACUUGUACUUGUUUUAAAAAUUGAUUAACAAGAGACAUAUAUACAUUUUUUUUUCUAUCAAAUCAUUCUUUAUAUUAAUGCAAUGAAAGUAUUUUUAAUAUUAUAGGUUGUUGUCCGGUUGUGCUUCCACAAAGUCAUUUGACAGUUUGUGCCAUUUUUGUAGCAAUAUGCAUGUUUUAAGUCUAAUUAAUUCUGCUGAAAAUUUAGCCAAAUAUUGUACUUGUUUGAGGUGAACUUUUAAUGGAGCCCACAAUAGAGAAGGGCUCUUCUUACAAAUGAGUAUCUUGAAGUCUGACAAGUCAAGUACAUUGUUAUUUAAGAAAAACAGUUUUUUUUUUUAUUCUAGUCUGGAAUGUGGUUUGGAAAUCUAAAAAAAAUUGCAUUUAAUUAAAGUGAUCACAUUACCUUUAAGAUUUUAAAUUGAAUUCUCAUACCAAUAAUCAAUUUUCAUUUGAAUACAAUAUUGAGAAUUAAAAAGAUAUUUCAGGAACCGUUUGAAAAAUGUUUUAAGAUUAUAAUAUUUUUCUGAAACUGAUUUUUACAUGUGGUUUUGGGGUAUUUUAUUUGAAUUGAGUAAUACACUAAAAAACAAUAAUGGUGUUAAAAUUAUUUCGACACCAAUCUACAAAUCUGCCUCUCCUUACAUGUCUUAAAGCCAUGAAAAGAAUAUUUGCAAAGCUGGGAAUUUAUAAGGGUGUUUCCACCACACUUUAUAAUACACUUCUAUAUGUAAUUUCUUAGGUAUACAUAAAGUCAUAAACAUGUUUUGUCAAAAACUAUACAUUUUAACAGAUCAUUUCAUACACAUGUACAUAAAUGUAGAACAUUAUUUCUAUAACUUCAUAUUUUUUUUUUCAGUUAUUUUUUUCAUUUUAUGUAUUUGACUGUUUGAUUUAUCAAAAGAUGGAUUAAAAUGAAAACCAUUUAGCAAUAUUGCUAGCAUCAGGUAUUUUCUGUUUAAAAAUCUGACCUCAUAAUCUUUAUUUAUUUUCUGUAUACCUGUUUUAAUGGACCAAUUUAUAAAAGUUGACUGACCAGUCUUGUACAAAGACUAUGUUUGAGAACUUAUUUUAUCACAGGAAAAAGAUUAAAGCAUUAAUGAAUGGAGUGGUGCCAGAUAGGGGAAUCAUUUGGGUUACCAAAGGAUUGAAGAGAAAUGAUUAAAUUACCUCCCUUUGAUAACUUUCAAAAAGGGGAGAUAAUUUGGUAAUUAAAGGGAUAUACUUUCAGAUGGUCUUUUUAUAUAUUGUUGAUCUGACAGUAUCAAAAAGCAUAAUUUUUUUGAUUAUGUAAAUAGGUAUAAAUAUAUAUAUAUAUGUGUUCUUUUUAGCAGGUAUAAAAAUACAUUAUUGGUAGCUACGUACAACUCAGCAUUGUUUGUUUUUGUCUGUAUUAUAGUUCAUUUUUAACUUUGAGGUGAUCUGUUUGUCCAAAAUAUUACUAGUGUGUCAUUUUAGGAUCAUUUUAGUAUAGUUAUGAGAUUAUAUUUUGUAGACACUCUUUCAUGCAGGGUAAAAUCAUGGGUACUCUGAGAGGUAAAGAUUGUUUAUUGUACUUAUUCAAAAUUUCAGGGACAUAUUUAAGAAUGAUUUUGAACCAUAUGAGCAUAUUCCUUUCUUAGUAUUGUUUUUAACACAUUAGUCUUUCUUUUUAAAGUUUACAAAAUGAUAUUAAAAUGAAUGACAGAAGAUUCUUUUAAAAAAGCAUUUUCAAUUUAACAAUGUGAACAAAAUUUAUACUUGGUAUCUGGUUGGAAAAAAAAUGGAUUUGCAGUAACUGAAUAAUUGUUAUGGAAACAAGCAAUCUAAUUUCAUGUUAAGGGAAUCAAGCUAACUGGGGCAUACAUGUACUUUAAACAACUUUUAAAAUAUAAUUCUUUAUAUAAAUAUCAAACAAUUUUUACUUUAAAAGAUGUGAAAUUAUUUUUAUACCUUUUUACACAAAGAAAAUGAAUUAAAGUGUUAAAAUUUAGAUCCCAGAUAUAAUCAUUCUUCCUAAAUUACUUUUAACGUCUUAUUUUUUUUAUUAAACAUCUAUAUGUAUUUUAAAGUUGUAUUGGCAUUAGAAAUAAAAAUUUCAGUAAUUUUUUUUUUAUUUUGAAAUGUCUAACAAUAUAUACUCAAGUGUGAUAUUCUAUUAUUAAAACAAACUUUUGACCAUUUAGUGAUAUUUUAAUUUUACAGUUAACAAUUAUUUUAUUUAUAAUUUACCAGUUUUAAGGUGCUAACGUUGUACUUAUUUUGUUUAUGUCAUGAUGACUUUAUUGAUAUUAUGCCCUUCAUUUACGGUGAUAGAUAAUAUGUCAUGUUUCUUGCAAUGAAUCUAAAAAUGAAGCAAAUGUUUUAUUUUAUAAACCUUUAAAAAAACUCUGCAUGAAUAGGCAUGGAAUAACAUUAUAAUUUUAUUUUUGUCUUUCCAUUGUAAUUGAAUUAAUUGAAAUGGUAACUUUGUUAUCUUCAAAAUUGCAAUAAUCUACAGAAAUUAGGCGAAACACAGACAGAAUGGGUUUGAUUUAUAAAAAAUAGUUUUGUCUUUGCUAGGAUUGGUUAUAUGAAUUAUAAAAAUAAAAAAAUAGUGUUUGAGGGAUAAUGCAAGACAUUCGAAGAGUACAUUAGAAACAUAAUAUAUUAUUCUUUUACCAUAUAUUCAAAUCUCAGUUUUGCCAUAUCAGUUUUAUUAUGUGUCAUAUCAUCUUGUUUUUGGUCAGUUAGUGAAUUUUGAUAAUUUUUUUUACAGUAAAAUAAUGUUUUUUCAUUUGUGAAUUGAUUUUAUCAUAUCAAAUGUACAGCAGAAACUCCCAUAAUGAUUCCCUGGUGCAGUAUGGUCAUUGCUUGUAUUAUUAGACAUAUAAAUUGUAUUCUGUUUAUCAUUAAUUUAAGGUGGUACCUAACACUUUAACUAAAAUUAUUUUGGCUCGUUUAAUUUUCUUAAAAUUUUGACCAAGUAUUUACUUUAAUCCUUUGACAAAAAUAUAAAAAUUGCAAAAAAUUUGAACCAACGGUUUAUUCAGAAAAUUUACACUGGUUAUAUAGCAGUUUGACAAACACUAAUUUUGAUCAUUGAGAAGCUUAAUAUUCCCUUAUGAAUACAACGUCAUUAAAACGUUCUGCUGAUUUUACAGAGUUAUCUCCCUGUAGUGUUAGGUACCACCUUAAACAUUUUGAAAAUCCAAAAAGCAUUAGUUUACUACAAUGCGAUUUUGUCCAUUGGAGUUGUCUCUCUUUGCACACAGAAGGGUACUAUAGUAAUAUAGGGAAAACUUAAGAUUUAAGAUAUCUUUUCUG